AUGGUAUCCCUAGGCAUUGGCGGCAGAGUUGCGGACCUAGAACCGGGCAUACAAUGGCGCAUCAACGUAGCAGUUUUCCGGUACAAAGAGAACGGGGAGUACGCCGUCCUACUUCUGAAGCGAGCCACCGGCGAAGCCACAUAUCAAUGGUGGAAUAUUCCAACAGGCCCAGUUCUCAACACUGAUGUGACCAUCCGCGAUGCCGUGGAGCGCAUAGUCCUCAACAAGACUGGUCUUGGACUCCAGGGCGACCACAUUAUCGAGGAGGUGGAGUCAUUGAGGUGGGGAUCUGAAGAAAGUCAUCAUCAAACUCAACUUUGUGAUCUAUGA